AAUUCAAAUAUAAGAGGUCUUGAAUCAGAAUUACGAGCCAGUUACUUGAUUAUGAGGUGUAACUGAAGUAUUAUGAGGUAACUAGUCAAGAGUGUGAGGUGUUAAAUCAGAGAAGUCUUAAAUAUAAGUUUAGAGGUCUGAAUUCAAAAAUACUGAACUGCAACAUAUCUGUAGGUUCUCAUUCAUCCAGGUCAUGGUUAUCCAGAGUAGUUUAAAUCAAUCCACAGUUCCUUGAAGAUGUUUCACCUCUCAUCCAAGAGGCUUCUUCAGUUCUGGUAGUGGUUGGUGUUGCCUCAUCCUUAAAACCUCUGUGAAGUGUGUCCAGGGCUUUUAUUCCAUUGACCGAUACCAAAACUCAUCUGACUACUCAACGAUGGUCGUUGUAUCGGUGGGGGUCGUUGAAACUGAACUGCAACUCAUAUCUAUUGGGUUGAAGACAAGAAAGUAGGUUGAUUUUUUUUUCCUAUGCAAAAAUUGAACGUUGCAGUAUUAACUAGUAAUUUCUUAUUUACUAGCUCAUACAUGUUCUUUAAUAACUGUAUUUGUACAGCAGUUUUCAGAAGAAAGGUUAUGGAUUUUGGCUGUUUUCCCCUCAACUAGACUCUUUUGGUAGCUAUCCACAAGUUUCUGGUUGUAUCUUUGACCCUUUGCUUGGCCGAAUCGAUACAAUUCAACUAAAUUUGUUGGCUUUCUGACACAGACUUGUUUCUUCAGGUCUGUCCACAAGUUCUUGAUGGGAUUUAAGUCAUUUUGGCCAGUCUAAAACUUUAAUUCCAGCCUGAUUUUGUCAUCUUUAUACCACUUUUGAUGUUUAUUUUGAGUCAUUAUCUUGAUGGAACCCAACUGUGUCCAACGACUCGACCUUGUGUCUGAAGAUUUCAGGGUUUCCAGAAGAAUGUGGAGGCAUUUGGUCUUUUUUCUAUAUUCCAUCUUCUUUGUGUAAAGCAGCCCCAGAGCAUGAUGCUGCCACCACCAUGCCUGAUGGUAGGAUUGGUGUGAAGGCCUCACCUCAUCUACUCCAAGCAUAUUUCUGGUCAUUGUGGCCGAAUAGCUCAUUUUUUGUUUAAUCUGACCACAAAAUUCUCCUCCAGAAGGUCUUUUCUGUUCCAUGUGAUCAGCAGCAAACUUCAGUCGAGCCUUAAGAUGCUGCCUCUGGAGGAAGAUCUGCUUUUAACGGAUUCUUGGUUGACUCUUGACCAUCCUGACAAAUUGUCUCUCCAUAGCAGCGGCUCCAUCAGCUGUGAGGAAGCCUCUGAGGCAGAUAUGAUGUAAUCACAGGGAGGCAGAGCCGGAGAACAGCCGCACAGAGCCGACGGACGGACUCACCGAGCGGACGCAUCUCGGCUGCUCGUGGCCACUUUCUGAUCCGGGGUUUGGUUCGGAGGAGUCAUGUCGGGGAGCUUCGGGCUGGAUGGUGGCCAGCAGCUGGAGGAGGAGCGGCACCGGCCGGGGAUGCUGCUGGUGAGCCGCUUCCAUCAGCUGUAAUUACCCACCGUGGCCCAGGAGUCCUCUCCCGCAGCUGCUCCAUCAUCCUCCGCGUAAAAAUGGCCCGCACUCCGCCUCCGCCGUCGACAUUGGUGCUUCAGAACAGGAGGCUUCGCGUCUCUCCACGUUUAUGAGAUAAUUUCCGGAGAUGGGCCGCUGCAGCCAGCUCUGCCCCGCCGGGAUCUGAGGCUUCUUUCUCCGCCGUGAUGCCCCUGCAUGUGGCGUCCUUCUAAAGCCGGAGUUGUCAAGUUUCUGUGGACGUUUUCCAGGGUUUUACGCGCAGAGCCGUGCGUCCAUGUCGUGUGCGCCCUGCGGGGGGAAGAGCAGCCAGCGAGCCUCCAGCACAAGUCUGCCCGCCCCUGCUGCUGCCGCCGUCCGCCCUGUGGCCCCGUGACUUCCCCGGGGUGUAGAGGUCCGUCCUGUCCUGCUCAGGUUUAAACCAUGGCCAAUGAACCUGUCAUCCUUAACGUGUAUGAUAUGUACUGGAUCAACGAAUACACUUCCAAUCUGGGAAUUGGAGUCUUCCACUCAGGCAUCGAGAUUUACGGCCGAGAAUUUGCAUACGGCGGCCAUCCGUACCCUUUCAGCGGCAUCUUUGAAAUCAACCCCGGAAAUGCCGCCGAACUGGGAGAGACGUUCAAAUUCAAGGAGGCCAUUGUUUUGGGCACCACGGACUUCACAGAGGAGGACAUAGAUAAAAUCAUGGAGGAGCUCGGUAAAGAGUUCAAAGGGAACGCCUACCAUCUAAUGCACAAAAACUGCAACCACUUCUCCUCCUCGCUGUCUGAGUUGCUGUGCGGACGGGAAAUCCCUCGCUGGGUCAACAGACUGGCCUACUUCAGCUCCUGCAUCCCCUUCCUGCAGAGCUGCCUGCCCAAGGAGUGGCUAACACCGGCCGCCCUGCAGAGCCACAUCAGCCUCGGCCUGCACAAAGAGGAGCAGAACGAGUCGAGCGACGAGGACCCUUCGUCGCCGUCCGGAGCCGCCGCCGCCGGCUCGGGCUCCUCCCACAGCUGCCGCCACACCAGAGUGUGAACUGCCCCCACACAUGCACUGACCUCCAGGCCUUCCUGCCACCGCUGCUGGCAUCAGUAGGCUCGAACAACCACCUGACCUCAUGCUGUUUGUCCUCUGAGUAAAGAGGCAGGAAAACGAAGAGAAGAGCUGCUGCCAGAGACGUUCAGAGCUGCAGAAACUCGGCUUUUCCUCUCAGACGACGAGAUGAUGGAGGCAAACUUUCACCUGAGCCACGAAGGGCGGCUUAGACUUUGACCACUUGUAGAUCUGAAGUUUGUAGUACGUUAUUAUUAGUCUUUUUCCACAAACUUUUAAACCUUUGUCAGCCUUGUUCCCUGCCCUGCCUUCAGAGCUGCUUUUGUAGAAGUAGACACCUGAUAGUGACAUUACCAGGAAAACUGCUAAUCUGCUCAAUUUCAACAAGUUCUCGUUCAAUAACCUCUAUGUGGCCUUCAGUUGAUACGUUGGCUCUGCUUUCUUUGUGUGGAACUUUUUCUUUGGCCGUUUUAGAGGGUUGACAGGUUAAAGAUUGUUCCCUAAGGUUGCAUGUUGAAAGAAUUUGACAAAACGUCUAUUUAAGCUGAGACGACUCUAAUCAUCAAGCAUUUCUUCUCCUUUUCCUUUCCUUUCUUUCAAUCGGGGCUCGUUUUAAACAACAAACCGGCGUAACCAGUUCAUAGACGGUUGUAAACAAUCAAGGGCAAAUACUGUUUGGUUUAAACUGUUCAUUCAGCCUCGGGCAGCCCAGUGAACAUCUCAGAGCCACAAAGAAAAGUCAAGCUGCUACUCUGACAAACACUGACUUUGUGACCCUCUUUUGUCUACACUUUUAUAUCUAAGUGAUCUUUAUAUUAUAAUGGUGCGAUAACUUCCAGGACGUCUAAACACGAGCUGCCAUGAGACAGAAGAGCAGAAUUCAGAGUUCUCGUUUAAGUCCUUGAAGAUUUUUUUGGGAAAUGCACUUAUCUACUUUCUUGAUGAGAGUUAGAUGAGAAGAUCAGGUUUAGUGCCGAAACAGUAAACUCGAAGCUAUAGCCAGUUAACCUAGCUUAGCCUAGCUUAGCCUAGCUUAGCCUGACUCUGACACCUACCAGCACCUUCACCGUUUAACACGUGAUAUCAUACUUGUUUAAUCUGUAUGAAAACUGAGACGAAAAAUGCAUUUUAUGGGGGAUCAAGUUGCAGAGUAGUGGCCAGAUCUAUUUUCACAGUGCUGUGUAAGCUAUAGAGAAUGGUCUGACUGCACCUCAUUAUAAUCCUGCUAUAGGGAGUACAAAAACGCUCAGGCAUGGUUGAAUAUCUCUUUGAACCAAUCACAAUGGUAUUGAGGGGUGCCAAGCCCAGGAUGCAGCAGUGAUGCCCCUACAAAAUAGAAUCGUUUUGGUGGAAGCAAACCAAGCAAGCAUGCCUCAUUUCUUCUAAAUCUGUCAAUUUCAAUGUUUAGGUUGCUGCUCAGAGGUUGUUGUUGUUUCCUGUAGUUAACCCAUAAGAACCCAGACCCAUUUUUCCUUAAAAGACUUAAUGAGUUAAGGUCAGACAUAAAGCUUUACAAGGAAGAGACUGGGACACUCUUGUUACACUGGUGUCACCGUGGGUUCUUAUGGGUUAAGGAGAUUUUGAAAACAGAUACAAGCAGAUAGCAGAACGAGAAGAGAAUGCUGUGUAAAAUGUUUGGCAGUAAUGGCCGACUUUCACCCCAUUUUCAACGCUCCGUGUCCAGUCAACCAGAACUACAUUCAUUCUAAUGGGAACCUUCAUGAUCUCAGAUGUGCUGAAGAAACUCCUUCUGUUUCUUCCAGUUUGUAUCUUACCUGGAAUAUGUUGAAUAAUUUAAACUUUUAUGGUGGAUUUCAGACAUAGCAAUUCAUAUGCUUUGUCACUAAAUAUUUAGCAAAACUGGCUUCACACCUGGCAGGCAAACCGCCUAACUCAUUUCUAAUUUUCAUUCCUAACCUUUUCUAUACAUCCCUGCUCCUGGUUUUGACACAGUAGUGCUCCAUGUGAAUUUUCCAUUAAAUGAAUGAUUAAAAAAAUGAUAAAAUUCUUCCGUGGCUGCAGGCAAUUGUCCAACCACCAUUUCCAACAAGGUGUUCACCCCGUUUCAACAUGACUUUGUGUUUGUAUGCGAGUCAAACGGAACCAGAACUCCAGUUAUUCCCACUGGAGCCUCCGUGAUCUCUGAUGUGUUUUUCAAGCUGUUUCUUUCUAUGUCUGGUAUUUGCCUCGAGUAAAUGAAAAACUUAAGAGCAACCGCACUGUGUGUCCGAAAGAAAUGCAUUUCCUCAUGUCGAACAGUAAGGGGGUAGUGUAGAUACCAGGUACAACUGUAGGCAUUAAACAAAACUGUGCAUAAACGAGGCGUCUACAUAGCUCUGUGUACAAUCAGCUGGAACUUAUUCAUAUGGGAAUCUCUGUGAUCACCAAUAUGUUCACUAAACUCCUCCUUCUGUUUGUUGCCUUAAAUAUGUUGAAAAUUUAAAAGUUUUGCAGUGGAUUUCGCAGAGACUGCACUGUGCGCCAGAAGGAAGUGCUUUUCUUUCCAUUAAACACUAGAUUAUUGAAAUGAGGCGUUAUAAAUUUAAAUUUACUUUAAAUCCAGUGAGUCGGACUAGCUGUGCAGUAAUGGAGACUUCUGGAAGCCAAGAAGUAGUCCACUUUUUGCGCUUUCGUUUAAUGUAAGCCAUAUGAAAACAUGGUAGAUUCCCAAGUGCUUCAGUCGAGUAAAACUGAACCUGAUGUUUUGGUUCUUGAAGACUUUUCACCUCUUCGAGGCUUUUGAGGUCUAACUGACUGUGGGGAAUUCCAGGUAUUUAUUCUCACCUCCAAAUCGCAUUACUAACAGCCUGUUGCCGACCGAAGACUCUGUGCCUCGAGAUGUAAAUGGUUGUGAAACAUUCAAGGAAGGGAUCUCAGGACUGAUAAGUGGCAUUGUAGACUUCUCUUCCUUUUAAGAGACAACAGUUCUGGUUAAACAUAAAUGGCUUUCUUCACUCCUAUGGAAGGAUCUCAAUACUGCAUUGUAAGUACCUGAUAAGUGGUGUCAUAGAUUCCCUUCUGUUUCGAACUGGCUGUUCCAGUUUAGCAUAGUUAACUUCCUUCACUCCUGGAAAGAGAUGUAAGGACUGCUUUAUAAGUACCUGAUAAGUGGUGUUGUGGAUUCUCUUCCUGUUUAUAGAUGGCUGUUCCAGUUAAACAUAGAUGACUUCCUUCUCUCUUGUCUUCUUUGUCCAGAAAGUGGACACCACUGUCGUCAAAAGCAUGUCCAGUAUCUUUUAGGUACAAGUUGACUGCUGAGGAGCUGGAUCUCCUUAGCUGUACCAUUCACCAUGUGAUUUGGAGACUCCUCAUUAGUCGGUUAGAACUGAGAAAGCCUCUUGGAUGAAGUCAAGAAUCAAAAGUAUGUCCAGUUGUGUUCGACUGAAGCACUCAGGAUUACCUAACUGAGACUCUUCACAGACUUAAAGAGUUGUUAGGCAGUUUUUGUUACCACUGGACAGACCUUGGCUAGCUGUUUUACCCUGUUUCCAGUCUUAAUGCUAAGCUAAGCUAGUCCAUUGCGUACAUAACAGUGGCAACAAUCUCUCAUCAAGAAUAGAAAAGAGCAUAUUUCCCAAAAUUUACAACUUUUCAAUUAAGACCAUAGUUUCAUGUUUGAUUUCUUUCAUAUUUACAGAAAACAUUGGGAGGAGAUUGUGUCAGACACUGGGUUUGUUGCAGUUCAAAGACCAGAUUUGGAAAAAGGGAAAAUGUGAUCAUAUUUAGAGUACAUGCCGGUAAACAAUAACAUUGACUGUUUUAACCUGCUGAUUUUGUUGGUUCUUUGUUGUUGCUCGAAUAGAAAGAGGCCACACCUGACUGUAAUCUUUGCCCUCCUGCCGUAGUGUGUUGAAGGACAGCUGCCAUUUCUCAGGAAGGAAAUCACACAACUCGUAGUCGUGACCGCCACCUCAUUCCUGCUUCAUAAAUGGGGUCAAAAGUGCAGAUUAUUCAUUGUUCUCCAUGUUCUUGAAUAAGCUAUUUCCUUAUUUAUUUCUUUUGACAUUUCACCAAGGGUACUGUGUUCAGAUUUUCGGUUUAUUUUCAGUUUGAGGGGUCGGGCUGUACAGCGGUCAGUGUUACAUGCUCAGAAGUCUCUGGCACUUUCUACCGAGCAGACCAGACAGGUAUUUUUUUCUAUCGUACUGUGUCAACCUAAACCUUGUAUUUCCUUUUCCUAACCCGAGACAAUUUCAAGAAUGAUGAUAGUACUAGAAUAAAGAGACGGAAUACAAA